AUCCUCGGGGCCACCAUUGACAACUCCAAGAUUGUCCUACAGAUUGACAAUGCCCGUCUGGCUGCAGAUGACUUCCGAACCAAGUUUGAGACGGAGCAGGCCUUGCGUCUGAGCGUGGAGGCCGACAUCAAUGGCCUGCGCCGGGUGCUGGAUGAGCAGACUCUGGCUAGAACUGACCUGGAGAUGCAGAUUGAGAGCCUGAAGGAGGAGCUGACUAACCUGAAGAAGAACCAUGAAGAGGAAAUUAGUGCCCUGAGGAGCCAGGUGGGUGGCCAGGUCAGUGUGGAGGUGGAUUCCACUCCUGGUGUCGACCUAGCCAAGAUCCUGAGUGAGAUGAGAAGUCAGUAUGAGAUCAUGGCUGAGAAGAACCGGAAGGAUGCUGAAGCUUGGUACAAUAGUCAGAUUCAGGAUCUGAACAUCCAGGUUGAAGUCCACACUGAACAGAUCCGGAUAAGCCAGACUGAAGUCACAGAGCUUCGACGUACCCUCCAGGGCCUUGAGAUUGAGCUACAGUCCCAGCUUAGCAUGAAAGCUGCCCUGGAAGGCACGCUGGCAGAGACAGAGGCCCGUUAUGGAGCCCAACUGUCACAGAUCCAGGGUGUGAUCAGCAGUAUCGAAGCCCAGCUGAGCAAUGUGCGUGCUGACACAGAACGCCAAAACCAGGAGUAUCAGCAGCUCAUGGAUAUCAAGUCGAGGUUGGAGCAGGAGAUUGCCACCUACCGCAGCCUGCUUGAGGGCCAGGAAGCUCACUACAACAGUCUGCCCACCAUCAUGGUCAUCUGAUCAGAUCCUCAGCCCCUGGCCUACCACCAGUGAGACAACCCCCACCUCUCAAGCAGGAGCCAGACUGGGGUGAUAAAGUUUACUCCAGCCCUUUCCUUGACUUGUCAAUAAAACUAUCCUUCAAGGGAA